AUGAUACAUGUCAGAAAAAAAAGAAAUGCAACUUCAAAGAAUAACAGCCAUCUGGCAGAAAUGAAUAGCGAGGCUUUAAAAAGCCUUGUUUGCAUAGAAAACGCCAUUAACUAUAGAACAGAAAUACAUCAAAGGAAACCCCAAUUGAUGGGCACGUGUCUAAUUCGAAUACAACUACACAUAUGCAUAAUUAGUGUGAUAUCUGCAAACAUGCCGAAUGUGAAAUCGAAUCAUAAUGGUGGAAAUCACUGUGUGGUAGAAUUUCUGCGCCCUACAAGUUUCUUAAUAUUCCGCAAUAUGUCGCUUAAUUCCUCUCAGCGAAGUCCUGUAUAUGAGUGCAUUAGGUAUGCAUAA